AUAGAUCUAAAUAUUAUUUUGAUAAAUAUUUCUUUAUUAUUAUUUUUUUAUUUUACAUAUAUUGAUUAAUAAAUCAUUUUUACAAUAUUUUAUAUUUAUAUUUAUUUAAAAAUGCUAUUGAUAACAUUUAUAGUUUAUUCUUAUUUUUUAUAUCUUCAAAAUAUUUUUUAUUUAUUUAAUUUUUUUAUUUAUA